CCUCCCCAAAGUGGGAAGGUUGCAGCUGUGUUUUUUUCCUCCUCCUUCGUUUUCUUCUAGUAACGCUCACCAAAUUGCGGGGUCUUCUGCUUCUUUACUCUGCCCCGCUUCCCUUCGUUUCUUCUGCGCCCCCUCCCCCCGGACACAUUUCCUCUCUCCUGCAUCAUGUUUCGCUUCUGGAGAAGCUCCUUUGCGCUCCCGGAGGCUGCCUGCGAAGCGCCCGACAGGAACCCGCGGUACGAAAACCUCUUCCAGAAGCUGGACCGCGAUGGGGACGGUCGCGUGGACAUCGCCGAGCUGCAAUCCGGACUCAAGGCUCUGGGCAUCCCCCUGGGAGACGACGCUGAGAAGAAAAUUUUCAGAGCUGGAGAUACUAACCAAGAUGGCCGGCUGGACUUUGAUGAAUUUACACGGUAUCUUAAAGACCAUGAGAAGAAAAUGAAAUUAGCGUUUAAAAGUCUGGACAAAAACAAUGAUGGAGUAAUUGACGCCUCAGAAAUUGUUCAGUCCCUCAAGAUCUUGGGUAUAGAUAUUUCAGAAAAACAAGCAACGAGGAUUCUACAAAGCAUUGAUGCCGAUGGGACAAUGUCAGUGGACUGGAAUGAAUGGCGGGACCAUUUCUUAUUUAAUCCUGCUACAGACAUUCAAGGAAUCAUUCGAUACUGGAAACAUUCUACAGUAUUGGACAUUGGAGACAGUUUGACUAUCCCAGACGAAUUCACAGAAGAGGAGAAAAAGACUGGGCAGUGGUGGAGACAGCUUUUGUCAGGAGCGGUUGCUGGUGCAGUAUCUCGAACGGGAACAGCACCACUGGACCGCCUUAAAGUCAUGAUGCAGGUCCACGGCUCAAAGGGAAAAAUGAACAUAAAAGGUGGCUUGCAGCAGAUGGUUAAAGAAGGAGGCGUCCGUUCGCUUUGGAGAGGAAAUGGUGUCAAUGUUGUUAAAAUCGCACCUGAAACAGCUAUUAAGUUCUGGGCGUAUGAACGGUAUAAGAAGAUGUUCGUUGAUGAAGGGGGAAAGGUCGGCACUGCUGAAAGGUUUAUAUCUGGUUCCCUGGCUGGAGCGACUGCACAGACUUCUAUUUAUCCCAUGGAGGUAUUAAAGACCAGACUGGCUGUGGGUAAAACAGGGCAAUAUGCUGGAAUGUUUGACUGUGCAAAGAAGAUCUUAAAAGGAGAAGGCGUGAAGGCUUUUUACAAAGGUUAUAUUCCCAAUAUUUUGGGCAUCAUUCCUUAUGCUGGCAUAGAUCUGGCUGUUUAUGAGGCUUUGAAGAAGAACUGGCUAGAAAAAUAUGCAACAGACUCUGCCAACCCUGGUGUACUUGUAUUGCUGGCAUGUGGUACCGCGUCCAGUACAUGUGGCCAGUUAGCCAGUUAUCCUCUUGCCCUCAUCCGCACUCGAAUGCAGGCUCAAGCCAUGGUAGAAAGUGGCCCUCAAUUAUCCAUGGUCGGUCUCUUCCAAAGGAUCAUUGCUAAGGAGGGAGUCCUGGGACUGUACAGGGGCAUAGCUCCUAACUUCAUGAAGGUGCUCCCUGCUGUCAGCAUUAGUUACGUGGUAUAUGAAAAGAUGAAGGAGAACUUGGGAAUAGCAUGAGAGGAAAGGAGGGGAGAAAAACAGAGCUUUAUUACAGAAUAUGCACACCUGAUGAAACCACAUUGGAUGCUCAAUUUAUUCAUGUUUACAAUUGGAUUCAAGUCUUCUCUGCACAGAUCUUGUGGGGAUCUCUUCAAGGAAGCAGAAGAAGACCCACUUUCCUGAAACAGCUGUACGCCAGGGAUCUUUUUUAAAAACACCAAAUCUGACAACCUCAGGUUCCCAAAUCUUAACAAUGAAGAAAUAUUCGAUUGCUAGCCGAGCUGAGUGAUCUUAAAGAAUGAAUCUUAAAUGAUCUUAAAGAAUGAAUCUCUAGUCAAUGUAGUUUUCUGAUUUUUCUAAAAUAUAUUUUACUGAGCUAAAUAUAUAUUUUAAUGCAUCAGAUCCUGCAUUAUUAGGAUUUGUAUUUGGUCGGUCAGUGGAUUGUCCCAUCUUGUCCAUAUCAAAAAUAUAACUCUACUUUCGUUUAUAUUCUGCAGUAGGGAAAUUGGGUUAUUAAAAUAUUGUUAAAUUUUUGUUUUUAUUUUAUAAAAUUUAAAAAGACAUGGGCAAAAAUGCAGAGACAAACAGAAUGCCACAGUGCUGUUCCUGAAUACAUUAGAUUCCCUUGCUGACUUAAAAUAUUAAGGAACAACUUAGUCUUGACUAAGUCCCAUUUUAAAAACAUUGGGAGCUAUUAGUCACGGCUAGGUAAAGUCUUGUUUUUCUUUCAGUGGGAACUUUGUCGUGACUGACAUUGGCAGGAGAAGUUCUCGGCAGAUCAUAUGCAUUGGUCAAUGAAUUAGAAAUGAAUGCAAAUUUUAAGUGUCUCAUGGCAUUUUGAGUGCUCUGGGCUACUGUCCAUGUAACUUGUAAAUGUUUGUACCAAAAGCCUAGAGCAUUGUUUGAUGCUCUUGUUUGAUUGCUGCAGAAAACUUGCCUUUAGGGGAAACCAUAGCACCUUUUAAGAACAGUGUGCAGUUUCAGGAUUGUUACUUUUGGUGUUUUAAACUGAUUCUUCAUUAUCUCUUCCGUGUCUUGGAAUGUGUCAACCAUUAAGUCUUUGGCCCUAUGCAGGUAUUACUACUAAGAAAGUGCAAUGUUUUCCUGCUGGCAACACCGGCUGAUUAUGUGAAGGUUGAAAAACGCAAUUCAAAAGAAGAGCAGUAGUGCGAUUACUUGUGCAGCCUUACAGCAACCACAGAUUUUCCAUUAGUAUUUUUGGAGGUCAGACCUGGCCUCCUUGAGGGAACGCUGCUCAUUUUUUAAAUAGUGGAGACAACUGAUAAUGGAAAACUCCCUGUCUUUUCUCAGCACCCAAAUCAAAUAACUGAGUAGGCUGGCUGAGAAAAACCAGUUCACCAUGGCAAUAAAGAACUUUGCCAUCCAGUUACCAACAUUGCAAUCCUAAGUCUAUUUAUUUAGAAAUAAGUCCCUCUAAGUUCGGUAGGACUUGCUAUCUAGUAAUGGUAUUUAGGAUCACAGCUUAAAUCAGUAGAACGUCUGUAAAGAAAUGCAUGGCAAGCUUAUCAGUCAGGCCGGGCAUGCAAAAACAGGUUGCUGAGAAGACUCUUCCUGCAUGCCUUUCUUGCAAGAUCUUUUAAUGUACAAACACCUUAUUAAAUGGAUCCUCAGUCCAUUUCGGAGUAUAUUUCAGUUAUCUGUAAAAUCAAUGUUUGCUGCUGUUACAUGUCGAACACGUCAUUAAAAUCAUGCCAAUUGCAGAUGUUCCCCACCGUCAUAGACGCAGAUCUGCUUCUUCGAGGUCCGCUUAGUCUCUUUCUUAUAAAACUUGAGCAUGACAGGAUGGCAUGGGAAAUUGCACUAAAGUGAAUUAUCUGGUUUUUUGGUCUUUGAAGCUUCCAACACCAGUUCUAAGAGGUAGAUGUGGUGUGGGAGGCAAUGCUUCUCUUGAACAACCCAUCCUCUGAGCAUAUACAAAGGACCUAAUCCAGGGUCAAUUGGAGGAGUCAGUAGGGGUCAAUUCCUUUACGACAUUGCAUGACUAGAGAGGUCAGUGAUUACUGCUGUGUACAUCCAGGAAGGUGGCAACUAUUUCCAUGAUCAUUCAUGGCUGUACUUCUUCUCAGCAACCAUUAUCACAGAGAUGGUUGCAGUUCCCCACUAUAUAACCCAGUUCAUGCUAGCUUUUAUUGAUUGUGUUCAGUUGGAGCAAUUUGUUAGCGUGAACUGUCCCUAGAAAUAGCCUAAAUCACGUCACCACCAUUGUCCUCCCUUCCUUGAUUUGUAUCAGGCACCCCCAAACUGUGGCCCUCCAGAUGUUUUGGCCUACAACUCCCAUGAUCCCUAGCUAACAGGACCAGUGGUUGGGGAAGAUGGGAAUUGUAGUCCAAAACAUCUGGAGGGCCGAAGUUUGGGGGUGCCUGAUUUGUAUUCCUUUUACCAGCUUCUCAAUGUUAGUAGGAUAGCUUUGUAAGCUUGUACUAGACACACUUUCUUUUGCAUUAGCAUUAUGUUGAUUUAUGGAACCAUAAAGAUAGAGGAAGUGGUUUUCUUUUCCUUCAUAAUGCUACCUAUUCUCUGUUUUAGUCAGAUAACCCCAGCCUCGUCUAGCCCCUCAAAGAUUUCACAAAUGGGCUGGGGGAUCCAACCAUAUCUUUUGACUGGUUUGAGAAGCUGAUGUGAACUCCAAAUAAUGUAGCCCACCAUGGAGAACCCAUAUUUGCACUUUUUGAGUAGCAAUCCAUUUUUCAAUUGUUUGCUAUUCAGAAUGCCAUCAUUAAUGAACUUUUUGAUGUAACUAUGGGCGCAAUCUAAAAAUCAUGUUGUUGUAGUGAAGCUUUGGUAGGUGGUUUCCAGUAGAUUGUGCUCAUUCUUUAUGAAUGGCAGGGUGUGUUUUUUUUAGGUUGCAGAUCUGUCCCAUGAUAGAAACCUUCACUCUUUUUGCACUUGAUCAUAACCAAAGAAUUAAUUCAGCAGAAGCACUCUGUAAUCUUGUAUUGCAUACUGUUAUGCAUUUGCCUGUUGUAAAUGUGAUUUUCUAAAUCAUAUUUUAAAACAAAACAAAACAAAAAACAACCAACUGUAAGCUAUACUAUGUAUGCCUAUAUUGUAUGUAAUUUUAAGGUGACAUGACAAGUAUGUGAACUAGUCUCAGUCAUUUUUUUCAUAUAAGUGCACUUACGAGAAUGUCGGUGAUGGUGUUUUAUUUUCUUUUGUUGGGAGAAUGUAUGAUAUGGUGCAGAUCUGAUUCCUUUACUUUGUGCCUAAAAAGAACAAGGUUCUAAUUGUAUUUUCUUGGGUGACUUACUUGGUGAAUGCUUUUUAUAACCUUUAAAUUGAUCUGUUUAUAAUAAACAAUGUUUUGUAAUGCA